UCCACCACUCCCCUCCCAUUCCCUACUCCGCGCGCUCGCUUAAUCGGAGUGCGAACACGCUCACGCAGGGCCUGGAGAAGAUCCCCGACCAGCUGGGAUACCUCGUCAUGUCCGACGACGGGGUCCUUGCCUCGGGCGGCGAGCUGGAAAACGCGGAGCGCGCGGGGAAGGUGCUCGUGGCGAUGCUCCGCUUGGCCGUGACGCUGACCAUCGAGGACAGAGCCGAACCCUCCUUCAAGAGACUGUCUGUGAUGUUUGAAGAUCACAGCUACUUGCUGACCGUCUCCGGCCAGAAGAUUUUCGUGGUGAAGAGGAAGAGAUCUUCGUCGUGUCCCAAGGAAGCAUAAGAACGAGGAGACAUGAGACAUCGCGAUUCACGCCGAUGGUAGUGGCUGUUAUUAAACCCGGUAGUUCUCAGCCUUGUUGGUGUUGUGGCCCCCAAUCCAGACAACAAUUCCCAGGGUCCCCCCAAAGUUACUUCGAUCAGCACGGUUGAAUACGUAUGGUGCGAAAGAAGUUCAACAUACAUACAUACUAAAACCAGUAUUAACACGUAGGCUUUCGCGACCAACAUCAUCCAUAAUACAGGGGUUUUUUUUUGGUGAG